UUUACUGCUAGAUGGCAGUAGCUUACUAUUUUACUGUAACAGUUGAUUUUGGUAAUCUCUGGUUGUUGCAAAAAUAUAUCACCUUUAAACAUCGAAUCUACUAUAAAUAAAAUUUGGCAUUAUGUUCUUAACGAAUAUAUUACUUAAAAAAGCUAAGAGCAAAAGCCUUUUAGUGCUGAUAGAAAGCGUAGCAAGUGGGCACAAGUAUGUAAUACCUAGGGAACGAAUAGUUGAUAAAUUGGAAAUAGUUAGAUUCGAUCCCUAUGUUCAAGCUCGAGUGCUGUACCGGGAAGUCAAGAAAAUUCACAGUAUCUACUAGACAGCAAUAAUUUGCAAUCUCUGAAUACCAGUCCAUCGAGUGUACAUAUUUCAUACAAUAAACAUUUUAAAAUAAAAUUAUGAAACUGCGACAAUAAGUAAAACAAUAAUACUAAUUGCAAGUAGAAAAUGUUUAGGGGGUAUUUAGAUUGGAGGAAUGGAAAAUCGAUGAUUGUGCGAGAAACAAUGGAAAUCUCAUAGUAAAUGGUUUUGAAUACAGCGAUAUGAUCGUCUUGCACGGGUGGUGGGUCUAGUUGUAUGUAUCGAAAGGAACGAGAGGGUCCGAGAAAGAGAAACGGAGGACUUGGAAAUCGAGAUUGGGGUAGGUUCCCUUUGAUCUUUAACAAGGAACGCAAAGUUGUAUUAUUUCCACCUGGAUUUCAAACGGUUUGAAAUCCACGAGGCGUGAAACGCGACUCUAUUCUCCUUCUCUUACCCUCUUUCGCCAACCCCUUCCACGCGCGGUUCUCUCUCGGCCUGCUCUUUCUCGCUCUUGACUCGUUUUCGGCGGUGCGGGAGCAACUCGGGCGUCGUUUACCGAUGUUACCAAUUCAAUUUCUUCUGCAGGAUCAUUGUCGUGGACAGAAAGGGAGUUAACAGACGCGGAAAGAGGGUUCCCCUCUCCGAACCGUUUCUAUCUUUCGCGAUUGUGCGCGUGACAGUUCUCGACGUCUACACUUCUCGCGUUUCUUCGUUCUUCCUCUCGAGGAAAAAUUUGUUUUGCCUUCACGGCGCGACAAAUGGUCCGUUUUGCUUACCCGAGUCGAGCGUAUUCUCCUCGACACGACAAACAAAAUUGGGUUACCUAACUCGUCGAGUGAGCAAAAUUAAUCGUACGACGGGUCGAGAAUGUAAAAUUGCGAAACAAACGGACCCUAGACGGAGAAGGUUUAUUAUCGUCGGUACAACGAAUUUCGAAGCAACGCGCAACAGCGAAAUUGUUAAAACGUCCGUUGUUUAUUUACGGUUGACUCGACGAAGCAGCCGGUAAAGGAGGAAACAGUACGCAACGAAUGAGAAAGGCGGAACGAUAUGGUGUAUCGUGAAAAAGAGGGAGGAAGAACGAGCGAAGUAAAACAGAAACUAAAGGAAAGAGCGAGGGAGAGAGAAAGGCGAAGGCGAAGGCUCGUCUCACUCGUCUGGGCCUUGGCGCGUUUCAGUUGCCUCGCGUUCGAGGGCGUUUUUCGCCUGUGAGUUGUUCUUUGCUUAUUACAGUGUGUGCACUGGGCUUGAGCUCGACUAAAGUGGUUUUGC